AUUUCGUCACAGCAGUGCUCGGGGUGUUUGCGAAAAUCAAUAGCGAUGUCUACCCUCCAUAGACUGUGCAAGGAUUAGCCAAGAAGCAGCAGAAGAAAACUUUCCAAAUCGCGUGAAAACAAAAAUAUAAACACAUGAUGUCCAUCUUGGAGGCGACUGCCGAGUUGCCCUUCAACUGGACGGGGUGCACGGGGUGUGUGGUGGACGCGCCACCCCCUGACACAAUCCUGCAAAUCCCGCCGCCGCCACUGCCCAGUUUCCUGCAGCUGGCGCCGUUGCUGCUCGAGCAAGGCGGAAAUCUGAGCAACAGCCUCUACCUGGAGGAGCAGGAGGACCACUUCGUGCCGCCCUGCAACCCGCACUGCGACUGGUCAAACACCCCUGGGGUCGAGUACGUCGAACUCUCGCGCAAGGGCACCGUCAGCCUCGACGACACCUGGUUCCUCAUCGUCGUCGGCUCCAGUGUCGCCGUCCUGCUGCUCGGCGCCCUGCUCGCCUUUGCACUGCUCAAGUGCAAACAUCAGCGCAGUAGGAAAAACCAGAUGGAGGCUUCGCGUGCGGCCGCGGCGGCCAAACUGCGUCCGAUGAAGAGCGGCCACUGCUGCGGCCAGCCGAACGACCCGCACGCCCUGUGGGCCGCGCUCACCACCAAGGGCACCACGGCCCACUACGCGGUGCCCCCAGACCACCGGCUGCACCACGGCGUCGACUUCUGCAGGCCGUCGGCGCCCGCCUUCGGCUACUACGGCGCCCUCGACCCGCGCUUCCCUCCGACCAGCACCAACAAGAGCGAGCCCGGAACGCCCGAAUCACAAAUCUACGCAGAGAUUCCCGACAUUAAGCUGGGCAAACUGUCAAGCUUCGACAACACCGCUUUUGAAGACUACGCCUACGAGGACAUGCCAUCCGAGUCCUUUCCUCUGGCCGAAGUUUCCUUUUCCCGGCAGAGCACCCUGAGCCGCUUCGGCACCGCCAGACCCAUGGUUUCGCCCCCGACACGGAUCGACGCCCCCAAUCUUCCCCCGCUGAACCAAAUGAGGCAACGAAACCCUUUGCACAUUUAAUUACAUAAUUUUUUUCAUUUACAUUUUCAUUACAAGCCUUUCCGAUGCAUUUAUUUUACUUCGGGCGUAAAACUACGCACGUUUUUUUAUUCUGACUGAAGCUUGUAACGAUCUUGUGGUGAUCAAAAUAGAGAAAGCGUGUUUUAAUUAUAAAUAAUUUAACACGCGAAACAAAAUUAAUAAUAAUUAGUCUUUGUUAAUUUUAAGGCUUUUUGCUUGAAGUUAUCCAGGGUAAUUUUGGAGCAAUAUAUUGGCCAAUGGAACUCGCAAUGUGAAAAAUUUACAUAAUUAUAUAUCUAGUCAUGCUAAAUAUUAUUAUGUCAGUAAAUAAUAUACCAUAAAUGUGUACUAAAAUCACAAGUGAAUGUUUUCUAGAAAAAUUUCACUGACGCACACUCAAAAUUCGCCCUGUAAGAUUUCCGUUUUCCGAUUAAGCCACACUCGGAGAAGAAGAAGAAUGAAAGCAAUUAUCAAUUAUAUUGUAUUUGACUCACCUGCGUUGAAUUAGUUGUCGUGGAGGCCGAAAAGAUUGUGUCAAAUUCCUUUACUGCCGUUGAAGCCACUUCCGCCGGCUGCUGUCGGUCGACAUGUGGCCGCUUUCGGACCGAAUUUCGAUCCGCAGGAACACUUGAUGCACUAUUUACAUUAUCAGCCAUUGCUGAAAUCCAAAUUUGGCGAGCUGGAUAGGUUUUUUCAGUGCAAACACGAGAAAUAGCGACGAAGUUGCCAAUCAACGCGAAUUUGCAUGAAUCUGCUGGGGAAUUUUCUGGAUAAAUAAACAAAAAAAAGUAUUCCUUGCAGCACCAGCGGUGCCACCUGGCGGUGGGAAACGGAAGCAAACAAUGGGACUUCAAUUUUGUUAGAAAAAAUGUGUUUAUUUAGUGAAUUUAAUUUAUUGAAAAUAAAUCACAGCUCUGCAAUUCGAAAAUAAUAAUCACAAAUAAUGUAAAAAUAGCAGCUAAAUAGGCUUUUCAGUUAUAAAUUUUAUGCUCUCUCCAAGUUGAACCUGCUCUUUGUCUUUUGAAAUUUUUGCAGAGGGUGAUGAUUUGAUAAAAUUCCCCAUUUUUUAGGGCUUGAAAGUGGAUGAAAUUUGGGCGGUAAUUUAUUUAUUAGAGAGAGCUAAAGGGUUGAGCAAAUUUAAUUCAUGAAUAAGAAUUCACAAAUCCAAUUUUCAGCUCUAGUUAAUAUAGUUAAUUUUUUGUUACUUAUCUUUUUUAAUCUUAUUAUUUAUUUGUCCAAUUCCAAUAAAUUAUUUAAAUUGAACAUCUAAUUUAAAAAAUGGUGAAUUAUAUGAAUUGAAGCCAAUUAAAUUAUCUUUUAAAUAUUUCAAUAGCUUUUUUUUUUGCUGUCAGGGCAAGACAAAGUCUUGUCGGCCUGUGCACUCUUUAUUUAUGGUGCUGAAAGCACCAUCCAAUUUUUUUAAUAUUAUUUUUUAUAGGAUGAACUUUAUUAAAAUGUUUUUAUUUGUUUACCAACAGCCUACUGAAGGAUCUAACAACAUGCCAAUUUUUUUUUUUCAAA